AUGAAAGAGAUCAAUUCCGUUUGUGAACAACUUGAGCAAGAAAAACCGUUAUUGAUAGAGCCUACAGAUUUGCAACGAAAGAUGGUUGUUUGGACGGGAAUGUACUCAAAUUUGUCAGAGGUGCCUGCUAAAUUAAAUUCCUUUCAAGUCAAGCGACAUGGAAAAAGUCUCAUUAGACGUAUUUUGUGUAUGGCUUUCAUCUUUUAUGCCUCACUGUUUUAUAUUUACCGUUGCGACGAAACUGAAAAUAGAUUUUGAUUUAUUCUAGUAGGUAUUAUUAUUGUUUAUUUUUAAAAUUAAUUUUUGUUUAGUAAAUAUUGUAAAUUAACUAAAUUUUACCUUAAACUUUUGGGGGUAUUUUUAUGUUUUUUUGUAGUCAUAGUUGAUUUCUAGGAUACUUUAAGAAACGAUUUUCUAACUUUUCCAGUUUAAAAGUAUCCUCAAAAACUAGUCGGUGUCUCAAGAAACGAAUUCCCUCAAUUAGAUUUUCAAGAGUCAGGUCCUCGAUAGUGACGUCCUCAUAAAUCGGAUUCCCUCAGAAAUCACUAGAGUUGUUCCCCGUCCCCGAAAGUCUGGGGAAUUUGAGAGGCGUGGAACAACCCAAGUCCUCGCAUGUCAAAUUGUCUCAGAAGUCGGUUCUUUAAAGAUCGAGUCUCAAAAGUCGCUGUCUCUCUUAAUAGUUGAAUUCUCUCAAUUAACAGUCGAAUUCCUUUGGAAGUCGGUUUCUUUCAUUCAGAAGUCGAAUCUUCGAAAAAUUGUUUCCUCAAAUAGUCCCAUUCCUCUAAAAGGCCACACCACUUGUUUUUCUUGUUAAAAACAUUAUCCUUUUCCUGUACUUUAUUUUUAUAAAUCGCUUGGAUGCACCACACAAAGUUUAAAUGGAAGCUACAAAUGCGUCAACUAAUAAAAAAAUAUAAUCGGCUUUAAGAAAAUUGAAUUUUUUUUUGUUCAUCACUUUAGUUUUCAUUUCGCGCUUUUCUUCUACUUCUACUAUUUGUCCGGUCCCUCUAUCCAACCACUUUUUACUACAAAUUUUUUCCAAAAAAAAUUUUUUUUCAUUGAAUUUUCCUCAUUCUCUGCUGUUUCUAUGUUUUCUUGUACAUAUUUUUAUUUCCCUCCUUUCCACUCAAAGAUUUUUGGGGAAAGGAGAGGAGCAGCGGGCAUAAAAAUGCGCGAAGAUAAAAGAGGAAGAAGAAGAAAAAUUAAAAUAGAAGAGCGGGAAGGACACAUGGCUG